UGCGGGUGUUUGUUUCAUCCGGACACUUUUCAUGGUGACACAGAGCCGGAAUGGCGGCGCCCGUGUUCAGAAUGUUGCGACAGGUGUCUCGCUCACAUGCUGCAGUGAGACACUUGUGCUCGCGUGCAGCGGCUCAUCAGGACGCGAUCCUAGCGGCGGCGUUUCCUCCGCUGCAGAGUUACUCCGAGGAAGAGAUGAUGAUGAGAGACGCAGUGAAGAAGUUCGCUCGGGAUCGCAUCGCUCCCUUUGUGUCCAAGAUGGACGAGGACUCGGCGAUGGACGCGGAAGUGAUCCGAUCUCUGUUUGAGCAGGGCCUGAUGGGGAUCGAGAUUGGAGCAGAAUACGGAGGAACCGGUUCCACGUUCUUCUCUUCCAUCCUGGUGAUCGAGGAGCUGGCGAAGGUGGACCCGUCCGUGUCCGUUCUGUGUGACAUUCAGAACACCCUGAUCAACACCCUACUGAUGAAGCUGGGCACCGACGAGCAGAAAGAGCGAUACCUCACCCGCCUCGCCAGCGAUAUGAUCGGCAGUUUCUGUUUGUCCGAGGCGGAGUCGGGCAGCGACGCGUUCUCUCUGAAGACUAAAGCGGAGAAACGCAACGAUUAUUACAUCAUCAACGGCGCCAAGAUGUGGAUCAGUAACGCGGAACACGCCGGAGUGUUUCUGGUCAUGGCAAACGCAGAUCCCGCUGCUGGGUACAGGGGCAUCAGCUGCUUCCUCGUGGACCGAGACGCCGAUGGGCUUCAUAUCGGGAAGAAGGAAAAUAAACUGGGUCUGCGAGCGUCAUCCACAUGCCCUUUGACCUUUGACAAUGUGAAGGUCCAUGAGAAGAACAUUCUGGGGGAAAUCGGUCACGGUUAUAAAUACGCCAUCGGGAUGCUGAACGAGGGCCGGAUCGGUAUCGCUGCACAGAUGCUCGGUUUGGCUCAAGGCUGUUUCGAUCACACAGUUCCGUACACCAGACAGAGGAUUCAGUUCGGCAAACGAAUCUUUGACUUCCAGGGAAUGCAGCAUCAGAUCGCUCAUGUGGCCACUCAGCUGGAAGCCGCCAGACUGUUGACCUAUAACGCGGCUCGUUUGAAGGAGGCGGGACGUCCCUUCAUUAAAGAGGCCUGUAUGGCCAAAUAUUUCGCCGCUGAGGUGGCGUCUCUGACCACGUCCAAGUGCAUCGAGUGGAUGGGCGGCGUGGGCUUCACUAAAGACUAUCCCAUCGAGAAAUAUUACCGGGACUGUAAAAUAGGAACGAUUUAUGAGGGAACGACCAACAUUCAGCUGAGCACCAUGGCAAAGUACAUUGAUCAAGAAUAUGCCGGAUAAAUCCAUCAGGAUCAUCUGCGUGUGAAUCCAGUAUGAUAAUAUAUCAGCUAUAUGAUCUGAUGAACGAUGAAUGUAAACACUAAACCUGAACUACAGGAGUGAACUUUGACCUUUCAGGACUCUUGAGCUGUAUGUCAUCAUUCCUGUAGUUCAUCUCAAAUGAAGGUUAGCACCAGUUUGAGCUCUAAAUGGAUUUCCUCUCUUGUAGAGAUCACACAUGACUCAUGAUUGAUUUGUGUUUCACUCUGUCAUAUAUUUGUUCUGGUUAAAAGCCCGUCAUGGCAUUAAUAAUCAUUAAACUUCAUUUAUAAUCAUAUUAAUGUAAUAAUCAUAUGUGUGUGUGUUUCCUGUUUCUUUGUUGUUAAACUUGAGAUUAAUUUAAAUAAACACAUCUUG